AUGUUCCUUUGGCUGAAGUACUUUGUUUGCUUAUUCUUGCAAGUGGUAGGCUUUGUGCUUUUUGCUGUGGGUUUCUUUCCACAAAAAAAUGUUUUGCCAGGGUUCAAUUCGCUCCCUGAAGGUGUCUCACCAUUCAUAAAUGGAGAUGGCGCAGCAUUUGACAAAUUAAUUUUUAUUGUUGUCGACGCGUUGCGGGCUGAUUUCAUGUAUUCCAAUUCCUCGCUGAUGCAUUUCCUUCAUUCUCUUAUACGCGAUGGAGCUGCUCUUCCAUUUACAGCCCAUGCUCACCCACCAACAGUCACUUUACCAAGACUAAAAGGAAUUACUACAGGUGGAACUCCCAGUUUUAUAGAUGCUGUGUUCAAUGUUGCUGAUGACAAUGAUUCAUCUCAAGGACUCAGUAAGCAAGACUCGUGGCUCUCUCAAUUCACCAAGUCAAAGAAUAAGACAUUACAUUUUUAUGGCGACGAUACUUGGUUAAAGCUUUUCCCUGAAGAAGAAUUCUUUGCUAAGUCGGAGGGAACUGAUUCCUUCUUCGUCAGUGACUUCACAGAGGUUGACAACAAUGUCACGCGUCAUCUAAAUUCAGAAAUUAAGGAUCAAUCUUGGGAUGGUCUUAUAUUGCAUUACCUUGGACUAGACCAUAUCGGCCAUAAAAGCGGUCCAAAUUCGGUUUACAUGGGUUCGAAGCAGGUAGAAAUGGACUCUAUUCUAAAAGAUCUCUAUGAAUCGAGGGUAGCCUCGUCAAAUUCCACUUUGCUCGUCAUUAUGGGCGAUCACGGAAUGAAUGAGCUAGGAAAUCAUGGUGGCUCUUCAGAUGGUGAGACCAGUCCUGGUCUUGUUUUGGCAUCUCCAAAAUUUAAAGGCAUGAGCCGCAAAUUGACUUGUCCUCAGGAACCCACGCCAGACUACAAAUACUUCUCGCAAAUUUCACAGAUUGAUCUUGUCCCAACUUUAUCUGCGCUCUUCAAUUUCGCAAUUCCUAUCAACAAUCUAGGGGUAGUCAUUCCUGACAUCUUGAAGUUAUGGCCUGACGAGUUGCAGCGCAAAAGCAUUUUAUUGGAAAACUGCCGACAAUUCAUGUCUCUUUUGGAAACUCAAUCGACCAUCAAGCAAUCUGAGCUCAAAGCCAUCAAUGAAGAUUUUGCGAAGUUGGUACAUCCUUCAUUGAACAAUUGUGAUUCAUACAUAUCUUUCUUAAAAAACUCCCAAAGACUACUUGCUGAAAAUUCCACCAACUAUCUGUAUCGGGAAAUUUGGUCAGGUUUUGUCCUUAUUGCCAUGAGCUUGGUUUUCUCAGGAUACCUAGUCCUUGGAGCAUUGAAGAACAAAUCAUACAAGCAGUUGCUUGCAUAUGCUACAUUCGGAAUCGUGUAUGCUAUACAUUUUCAUGGAUCUUCAUUGAUUGAAGAAGAGUAUCAAUUGUGGUGGCUUUUAACUAUUUGCGUCCUCGCCAUCCAAUACUUCAAUGGAGCAUACACGGUGGCUCAAUUUGCUCUUCUAUUGAUUUCCGCUCGGGUUAUUCGCUCGUGGAGCAACUCUGGGCAAAAGUUUUCAACUCCUUUUACCCUUUCUUCGUAUUUAUUGGAACACGAGGGCCUUAAUUGGCUUUUGAUUAUCGUCACAUAUAUUGUCACGCUCUGGCCUCGCAGAGAAAACGACCUGAUGAACACAGGGUCUUCAUUCCAAUUCGUGGGUGCAAGCCUGCAAUUGUGGAUUUUAAUUCUAGCUUUGCUUUCUCUUACUUUCAAAGUGGUUCAGUUCCGUGUUGAUGGGCGGAAUUUGCCAGAAUGGCUAAGCGUAGUGUUCAAUCUAUACCACGACUCGGAGCAGCCAUUUGACAAGAAGAUUUAUCAGGAUAUUAGUAUCGAUCUUUCGAAACAAUUCUUUUACGGCUCUUUAGGGUAUAUUGUCGUGGCGUCUGUAUCAAGUAAGUUGGGUGCUAGCAUUUCCAGACGGUCGAUAUUCAAUGUCUUAACCUUGUUCUUGCUCCAUCAAUCAAGACCAGAAAGUAUUCCAAUUUUCAUGAUUUUGGCUGUCGCAAAUUCUUCUUUGUCUCAGAUGGCCACCGCAAAUGACACACUCAAUCAAAUGCUUAUAACCAUCUGUUUCCAACAUUUGACAUUCUUUUCUAUGGGAAACACCAAUCUGUUGGCAACUGUUGACUUGUCCAAUGCUUACAAUGGUGUUUCUGAAUAUGAUAUCUUGAAUGUUUCUCUCCUUACGUUCAUUUCUAAUUUUGCAGGUGUUAUUUAUUGGCUGCUUUCUCAAGCGCAACUGAUUUGUCUUAGCUCCAAAAAAAUUAGACUCGGGAAGUUUCUAGAGCUCAGCUGUCUUAAAGUUGCAUUUUAUGCUUUGUCCAUGGGCAGUCUUGUGGCGUCUUGCAUAAAUUUGCGGUAUCACUUAUUCAUAUGGUCCGUUUUCAGUCCAAAAUUGUUGUAUUUCUUCGUGUGGGCGAUUUUUGUGAACGUUCUCACCGAAUUGUUGUGCACGAGUCUUCUAUUAGUAAUUAUAUAA